GAAAAAAUGUGUAAUUACCUUCCUUAAUGAUAAUUCUGAAACCUGGAUUAUUAAGGAAAUGACCAUCAAAACUGUUAAUUUUACUAGUAAAACAAUUAUGUGACAAACACAAAACUGAUGUGACAAAUUUAGUAAAUUUGGCAACAGUGCGUAGUUUACUUUCAUUCCGGAUGCCAUUCAUGUUGUGCUACCUAGCAAAUAUUAUGUUUAGAAAAUAUUAUUUUCGAUGACUAUUAAGGACGAUUUGAGAAGUUCGUGUUUAUUUUUCGUUUAAAUAUUCAGGUAACUAUUUGUUGAACGCUAGGAAGAACUUAAUAUCAGUUAGUAUAAUGUUUUGAUGACAGCGUCAUAUUGUCCAUGAUGGUGGUUUGUUAAACAGUAGUGUGAAAGUGAAGUGGUAUGACAAGAAUUAUACAGUGUGGAAAUGUGAUUGGGUUUUAAAGAGUAAGUUUUCGUUGUAACGAAUACAAGAAGAGCGCCACAGUUUAUAAGAAUUCCAUUUCCAACUUUAGAUCUUCGUGAAGAAUACGUCGAGCUUUGCCGCCCUGUCGUGAUUAGGCUUAUGGCCACAGGCACAAAAGAAGAGCAGUCAGUGGAGCCUAAAGAUCGCGGGCCAUACUCUUGUCUGGGAAAUGCAUUGGGUGCAAGCGAAGUCAUCAACGAUGCUGCAACUUCAACUACUAUAUCUUCAUUGUUUGAAAAGUGUUACGUGACCAAGUUUCCAGGAUUCUGCCGAUAUUAACUCAGAGUUCAUGGUACUGAAGCGAGGCAGAACUGUACCGCUGGUACCAGUCAUGGGUGAACCAUUGAAGAAAAAGCAGAAAGUUAAUGCAAUCGAUAAUAAAGAGUGCAGCAAUGAUAGUGUUGACCAGGAUCUUUUCUCGAUUCAACAGCAUGUGUUGAAUCAGUGUCUGUGCCCUUUGUCGGAGAGUGUUUUACGUAAACCAUUCCAGACUCAGAUUAUUUCAGAGACUCAGGGACAGUACAGAGUGCCGAUGCUUGCGGAGUGGGAUAGGGACCGCAUCCUUCUGUUCGUCAGCACUUUGCAGUUGCUCUGUGAAGUUGCGAUCAAACAAACCGCGAAAGGAAUGAUGUGUUCUCGCAUCGGGGAAAUAUGUGAUUCGUUGGUGCGAAAUGAGUACGGUCUCAUAGAGCAAUUGAUAGACUUUUCCUCCCACGUGGACCCUUUCAUUUGCUUUGCGGCGAGUCGGGCUCUUUCUGCUUUUUUCAUCGUGUCGAAAUCGCACGUCAGUCCCGCCUGGUUGGAAAGCUUGACCGAAAACAUCGUGUCGACGACACAAUCCCAGCAGAUAUCGUUCUCUUUGGAAGUGAUGAAGCACGUUGUGGAAUGGAAGGAUCUGGACAUGCAUCCGCUCGAAGAAGGCAGCGAAGACAAGCCCCCUCCCUCUUGUACCGUCAUCAGCCUGAACGAUCCGGAGCUACUCGAUACGAGCCAAGUCAAGUGCACGUGCAUCAAGGCUCUCGAGUCGAAAUGGCCGGCCAUCGUGAGAAAGUUCGACGGCCUCAUCGGUUCCUACUCGGCCGAGAACGAAUCGACCAUCGUCACUUUCCUGGGACUGUGGGAGACCAUCAUAUCGGUGAAAGCGAAUCUGUCGGUGGUGGACACCAAGCCAUUCUACGCGCACCUGGAGAACUUGGUGAUGCUGCUGAACUCGUCGGUGCCGCCGGGCAUCUGGAAGCACCUGCUGGGGCUGUUCAACGAGGUGCUGUGCUACGGGAGCACGCUGGCCCUGCAGGACUCGCUGGCGGAGGAGCCGUGCGCCCUGGCGCACCUGGUGGUGCGCAGCGUCAAGGACUGGCACCUGCUGGAGACGCUCCCCUACCGGGGGGGCAGCGGGCGGUUCGGCGGGGGCGCCGGCGACGGGGACCGGCCCCUGCUGCAGAAGACGGCGCUGCUGGUGCUGAAGAGCGUCGCCGUGACGGUGAAGGAGACGCGCUGCGACAGCUCCAGCGACAGCUCCCUGGGCUCCGAGGCGGACGACGCGGACGCCGACAUGGCGGUGAUAGAGCGCAGCAUCCGCGAGGUGCUGCGCCAGCUGGACCGGUGCGUGAAGGCGCUGCUGCCGUUCCACCCGGAGACCCCGGUGGCCCAGUGGGUGGUGCAGCUGUUCUCGGACCAGGACGACGCGCUGGUGGAGGGCAUGGUGUGCUGCCUGGACGUGGCGGUGGGCCUCUUCUACCGCAGCGCGGCGCAGCCGGCCCUCCGGCACGCCCUCAGCCCCGCCGCCACCUUCGCGCAGUUCCUCCGCGCCGUCUCGCACGACCCCGACGUGCUGCUGGACCUGCUCGUGUCCAACGAGACGUGCUUCCUGCUGUACCUGCUGCGGCUGCUGAAGUUCGUGCGCAGGAACUGGGCGGAGUUCGUGUCGUGCUGCGGCCGGGAGCUGGACGACACCAUGACGGUGCUCAUCGGCCUGCGCUUCAAGAUCGACAGGCUUGUCUCCAAGGACCUGUUCCCGUACAACAUCAACCCCGUGCUGAGGCUACUGGAGAAGUGCGAGCAGCUCUACGAAGUCAAUGACGAUUGAAAGUUGUGCCCUUAACACCUCGUUAGUAUUAAUUUUGAAUUUAGUUAGGAAUGAAAGUGAAAUAAAUGUUGCAUUUUGCUCUUAAAGUAGCAAAGCUGUUAGGAAGCUUGCUUUAAUAAUCUGAGAUAAUUUUGUGUUUGAAAUUCACUUUUUAUUGCAGUGAUCUGGCAUUUAUUGGUCUUAACUGUUAACAUUUUAUCACUAAUGUUGCACCUUCGAAGAAAAUAAGUAUUUAAUUAGAAGAGUUUGAUGACGUUGAGAAUUAGAUAUUUUUAUAUGCAAGUAAGAGCUGCCAUGAGUACUUUUUUACAACUAAGAGAAUUUUUGAGUACUUAUAUUUAAUUUAUAAAUACAUAUUUUAUGGUAUUUAAGUUAAUUUUUAAGAAAGUUCACUGUCCUACUUUACAUAUCCAUGUAUUCUAGCACUAUAGCAAUCCCAUGUUAGUUCUGUACGCGAUAGUUACCCUUCCCCUGUACAAACUGACAGAUUUAUAGUCCCAUGUACCUUUGUUACACAGCCAAAGCCAUAGCACAGUAUCUCAUUUUUAUGAUAUUACAAAAUUAAAUUUUUCUGGCAAGACUAACGUUUAAUUAAUUCUUUUUUUAUUUGACAUAAAUGCCACCAAAUCAGUUUUCAUUGAAUGAUAUGGUUGGUAUAAAAUGAUUAUGAAUUUUAAACAGAUGUUUAUUUUGAUUUUAAGUCAAGGUGGAACAUUGAUCAGGUUUUGCUAAAGGAAAGAAAAUGCACAUUACAGAAUUCUAUUUAUGUUUCUUAUCCUGGCAUACCCUCAGGCUUCUUGUGGCGCAAAAACACGAGUCGCAGCUUUGAAAGAUUUGGUAUAGUUUGUUUUGUGACAUGUAUCGGUUUCAGUUCUUUGGUGGAAGUGCAUGCGUUAUUGAAACUUCAACAAAAUUUGUUUGUGUUUGGGUACUGCCUUUAUGUUUGUGCAUUUUAUUUCUAGUCAGAAAAUACUCUAAAGUACAUUUUUGAUUACACAUGCAAUGCAAUGAAAAGGUAAUUAUUGCUUCAGGAAUAUCUUAAGUGAAUGAAGUCUUUGAAAUAUGUUACAUAUUUUGUUUUAUGCCUGGGUGGGAAGUAUUUCAUUUUCUGAUCACUGUUUGUCUUCUCCCCUCCCCCCUAUUUAGUACAUCACUUCUUCCGAUGUGAGAGAGCACUUGAAUUUCUGUUUUAUCUUUUAAAGAGUUAAUGUAAUAUAAAUAAAAAAAAUAUUGUGUGGUCUUCUCUACAAAUGUACUUUAUAAAAUGUAGGUUUUAUGUAGGCUACUAAAAAUUUUUUGUAAAUUAAUGUUGUAAUUUUCAAGCAGUUGUCGUUUUGCAAUUUCAUAUAACAUAAAUUUUUACUUUCUUACAGGUUGUAAUGAAUCGUCACUCACCAUUUUGUAUCAACUUAAAUUUACCAUCUCAUGAAGUAUUUUUUUUUUUUUUUUUUUUUUUUUUAGGAAUUUACUAUUUUUCCAUUCAAUGGGUACUUUUUAUUUACUUUCAUGCGCUUUAUUCAGAGUGAUAAAAAAAUGUGUGUUGCAUGGAUAACAUCACUUGUCACAACUUAUUUAAAAAGAUCCUUCCUUGCUGUAUAUAUAGAUCCUCUAAAUGUUAGUCACAAAUAACGUCAGAUUUUUUAUACCCAAAUUAUUCCAUAGUUUUAUAGAUCAAGAAAUGGAAGAUAUUUAGUUGUAAUUAGUGCAUUGCAGUCAACUAUUCAAUGAAAUUUGUGCGAAACAUGAGUCAAAAGGAGAAUUUACACAGUGACCUGUUUUGGUAGGUUUCAAUACCGAUGCUUUCAGCAUUCACUUGUUACACAGUUAAUAGAAAACUGAAAUGUGAUAAAUACUAAACAAUUUUUAGAUGAAUUUAAAGAACUUUAAAUUGACAAGUUCUUUUUUUUUUUUCCUUUAAAAUUUAUUUAUAAAAUAACUUAGAUAUAAUCAUACUAAAAAUAUUUAACCCUACCUUUAAACAUUUUCAAUUUAAAUAAUUGUAAAUCAGUUAUUUAAACCAAGUAUUUUAGUUAGCUGCAAACAAAAAAAAUUCGGAAUUAACACCACACCUUUUUGUUUGUACUGAACACAAAUACUUUUUACCUACAUGUUUUACUAUAAAGGUGAAAAUAACCUUUUAUUAUAUUGAAAACUAAUGAAAUUCAGGCAUUAAUUUUUAGUAUCAAAUGAGUUAUAUCACCAUCACAAAAUCCAUCGAUUCUAAUAUUUAGGAUUAAAAUUUUUUUUUAUUUAGCAUAUUUAUGUAUUUGCUUUCCUGUUAAUUAUGGUUUGGAUCACUUUCACUAAUAGUUGAAAAUCACUUAAUUUAGUAGUGCCUGUCACAUUGGCUAUGCUUUAUCAUUGUUUUAUUAGCAUUACCGGCAUGUUUGUGGUUAGUUAGUAAUUAAAUUAAGUGCACAAUAGAACAAAGGUUUUUUUUUCUUUUCAUUUUAGUGUGCUGUUAAAUUUCAUGGACUUAAUUUUUUUUUUUUAGAUGUUUGUUGUCAUGCUGCAGGAUCAUGGAGUGAAUUGGAAGUAAAUCCCAGAAACUAAAAUAAUACACAAGAUUUUAGUUGUAGUUUUAGGGAAAAAAAAAUUAAAUUUAAAGUACAGUGGAACCUCGUUAGCCCAAACUCCUCUAUUCUUAAAACCAAAUAAUCCAAACAGAAAUCUGCAAAAAAAAAAAAUUAAAAUUAUAAAUGUUCUGAAAUGAGUGGAGAUCAAUGAAAAACUCUGAUACAAUUUAUUAAAUGUGUUUGAGUAAUGUUGUAAGAGUAUUGAUUGAUUCAAACCACCAUGCAUAAAAAUUUCUUGUGCAUAACAUAAAUGAUUGAAUAUUCUGUACAAAUAUUUGCACAAUACUUAUGGGUAGACAGUAAAAUUUAAUGUAAUCCUGUACUAGAAUCAAUAUAUGGUUUUCUGCCCUAUUUAGGCUAAAGAUACAACAGUGAAUUAACCCCCGAUUUUCGCUGAUUCAAACAGGCCUCUGUUCCAUUUAGUUCGGACUGGUGAGGCUCUACUGUAUAUAACUAUUUUUACCGCAAAAAAAGAACUGGUUUUUAACUUUUGGAACCAUGUAAAUUCAGAAAAAAAAAUCCUAAGUUACUGAAGUAACAAUUAUCCUUUUAUGUCUUGAUAUAGUCUGAUGGAACAAGUGCAAGACAGGCUGAUUUGAGUGGAGUUUUUGGGCAUUCCUUUACAAAAAUGACUGAAGACAAUUCCGAAAUGUUUGUUAGCUCGAACGUACUGUACUUCCCAUUGACUGUGCCCAAGACGUUAGUCGACUCUCUUCUGACACAGCUAUGGUGAUUUCUCUAGCUGAGUUCAUGAAAAGAAAAUCCUUAAGAGACAGAUUGCUGUAUUAUGACUCUUGGCAAGAAAACUGAUUGCAAAAAGAUAAAAGUCAACAGUUGAGAAAUUUUACUGAUUUGCCUGAUUUUAUUCCUCUCCCAUCCCUCUUUUUCUUGUAUACUUACCUAAUUCACAUAUAUGUGUGCAGAAUCAAUUCUUAACAAAAGGCAUUAUCUUCACCUAAUAAAAGAUAGUAUCUAAAAGCAAGUAAUAAUUAUUUAUUCUUGGCACGUCACUUGUCAUUUAACAGCUUCUUUAGCCAAUAAGUAGCAACAAGAUUUUUAUGGUUUUAUUUUUAGUCCAAUUUCAUUUUUAAAAUACAGAAGUUUGGUGUUAUUGUUUUUAUUUUUUAUAAAAGCUGUUUUGUAAUGCUAAACCAACAUAGUGGUAAAUUUAUACGCUGCAUUUUUACAUUAAAAUAAUCUGUUUUAAGUUGGUUUAAAAGGGAUACAUUCAGAACAAUAAAAAUGUGAGAAUUUGUGGUUUGAAAGUGAUUCAAUAAGAGAUGAAUGCAUAAAAAGACAAAUUAAAUUAAUUUUUCUCAUCCAUACUCUUUUGUAAAAAAAUUUACUGGAAAUAAUGUCUUGAAUUUAAAACAUUAUUAGAUUAAUUUCUUAUGAUUUGAAUUAAGUUUUGAUUAGAUGCUACUUAAUUCCAUGAUUUAACGUGCAUUUCUAUGCUAUACACUGUUAUUACAGUUUAUUAUAACUCACCAUAUAAUCUUGUCCAUACCAAUAAGGUAUGUAUGUCACCUGUUGCACUUCCAUUCACACAUAGUGUAGACUUUUGUUGCCACAAUUGUACGUUAAACAGAACCAAACUUCAAUAAAUAACAUCUUUUCAUCAAAACUUCAAUACUUGAUAUGUGCAUUCUCACCCAGAGAAUUUAGUAUUGGAAUGAAAAUGUGCUUAGUUACUGAUACAUCUGUAGGUAAAUAAUUUACAGGAGGUUGUGAUGUUAUUAUCAAUUAAAUGUACAUUUAAUAAUGCUGUACUACUAGGCGUUCUAUUAUUUAUUGAGAUGGAGAAAAUUAUAUAGACAAAUGUUUGUUCACUUUUGAACAAUUUUUUUUUUACUAAAAUUUAUGUACAAAAGCAUUAAUUUAUAUAAAUUAUUGUGUAUAUUAUUUUGCCUGUUACUUUCUUAGAAAGAAAUUAUGCUAUUCGUAAUUUUUUUUUUUAAUUUUAAUGAUUCCUGUUUUGUGUGUAGUGUGUCCACCACGUGUUCAUAAGCUGUUGCAACACAAUUUUGUACAUUGAGAUGCUCUUAAGGACAAAAAAUAUAAUGUUUACAAAA